UUUCACAAAUAAUAUCACUUAAUUAUUUUUUCUUUCCUAAUCCCUAAAAAUAUGAAGUAAAAAAAAUAAAAUAUAUCCAAGAACACUAUGAUGGAAACUGAGAACUCAACAUCCAACAAGCUCAAACUCCUCCACCGUUCCUAAUCCUCCGCCGUCGAAGAAGCUCAAACUCUCCUUCAAUCUCUCGUUUCCGUCGAAGAAGCUCGUUUCCGUUCCUAAUCCUCCUUCGUCGAAGAAGCUCGCAACUCUCGUUUCCGUUCACGAUUCCAAUGUAUUUGAUUGAUCACCCGAGAGCAGUCGAUGCUUGCCAAUGGUACCAACACGUGUUGGGAGCUGUCGUUUUAUCCGAAAGUUUCAGCACUACAGGAGUGCCUGGUAAUAUAGCUAUGAUACAACAUCGUUACAUGAGGUUAGGCGAUGGACAGCGACGCACUAUUAUUGAGCUCCAAGAUAGUAUCCGACCUCGCACCGAGCAAUCAGACCGUCAUGGCUUUACUUCUCUGUAUUCUAAUGGGCCUAACCUAUUACAUGAUAGAUUCAUCAACGAAUUAGGAGCGAACCAAGGAACAAGUUUAAUGAUAAACCGACAUGAGCAGUUAUUUUUGUCUAAGAUCAGGGAUCCUUUUGGUUUUCACUGGUUUGUGAAAACAGCGGAUCCAAAUCUCAUGUUACCACCAGCAUAGUGAUUUGGUUGCAUGGACUACAUCGACAUGGUCAUUGCCCGACUACAACAAUUAUGCAGAUUAUCACAAUACUUAGGUGCAACUGAUUUAGAGAUUUAUGCAGUAUUAAUCCAGUUAUUUUGUAUGCUGUCUUGUUACCAUAAAAUUACACCGAAUAGAGCUAUAUUGCAUUUACAUUUGUUUGAUUAGUAUCGUUUUACCACAUCACCAAAUUUGCUGACAUAAUGGUAGUGUAACUAAUUGAAAAUUUAUAGGGAUAGCUAUACACCACAUUUCUGUGAAGCAUGCGCCAACAGAAAGCACCUUCCGCAGCCCAAAAAGCACACACUGCAAUCCAGAAAGGGCCCUCUACGGUCCAGAAAGCACAACCGAUUAAGCCUGCAACGUCGGUUCAGGCACCACCUUCUCAGGCUGCAACACCGGUUCAGACGCCACCGCCAAUCCAGACUACUGCUGCUGAGGCUUCCAGAUUCAUUCCUACCCUAAGAUUGACAUUGCCUCAUCAAUUUGAGCAAGGUCCUCUCCAACACACAACUCAUGAUAUGGAAACUGAUUGUCAUCAUCAAGACGACGAGCAAGAGCAUGAAGGGGGGGACCAACAAGAGGAUGAGGAGGGGGACAUCGAAGAGGAUGAGGAAAAAGACAACCAUGAAAAAGAUGCUUGUGGGAAAUUCAUCAUACGUCCCAUUGGUACAGGGCCGAAUAUCAUGAAAAUUUGGCCAAAGUGACACAAACUGAUGGUGGUGCUACUCGUGACACUCAAGAGGUUGAUGGAUCGCAAAGAAUUCAAAUAUGGAAAGAUGUUUCCAAGGGUAAGUCUCGGGGAAGAUGUUAUGGUACUGGACACUUGGCUAAAAACCUUAAGUAUAAAAACUUGAUUUAUGAGGCAAAGACACCUCACAAUAGGGCAGAGAACCAGAUCAUUGAAGCUGCUAGAGCCGAGGCUGCUGCAGCACGUGCAGAUGCUGAGGCUGCUAGAGCUGAGGUUGCUGCAGCACGUGCAGAUGCUGAUGCUGCUAGAGCCGAGGCUGCUGCGUCAACUGCGAGAACCAGAUCAUUGGAAAUAAAGUUUGAAGAAUUCCAAAGUCGCAUGAUGGCUUUGGAGACGGCCUCCUGUAGUGGUCAUUCUCGUCAGAGUUCUCAUCCUCAUUAUGAUAAUGAAAUGGAUGAUCAAUCGGUUGAUGAAGAGGAAGAUGCUUGAUUUUGUUGGUUGUAGACUUUGUGGGUUAUUUUGAUGGUAAGUUUAAGAGCUAUUUUGAUAGGUUAUAUAUUUUGUGGGAUAUUUUGGCGGGUCAUAUAUUUUGUGGGUUGUCAUUUUGAUGGAUGUAGACCUUUUUGUUGACAUUCUAUAUAUAUGGUUAUAUAUGAGAAAUAGAUGGUCAUGUUAAGAAUUGAUGAAUUUAAAUGGAUGUAGACCUUUUUGUUGAGAUUCUAUAUA